CCAUUCUCCACACAACAUACACAAACACACACAAACCACAACAGGUGCAACACAACUUGCAAGCACAAGAAGUAGGCAGCAAUGGCGAGGCAUCGCCUCCUCGCCGUGCUCCUCAUCGGGGUAGUUGCAGCCUCCACUCUCAACCAAGUUGUUGCGGCUGGCCGAGGCCUUGCUGCUGUCGAGAAUUUUGCAGAGCUAGAGCCAAAGCCAGAACCCAAAGCAGAGCCAAUGUCCAAACCUGCGCCACAACCAGAGCCAAUGUCCAAACCUGCGCCACAACCAGAGCCAGAGCCCUGCAAACCUGAACCGAUGCCAAAACCCAAACCAAAGCCUAAACAAAAGCCCGGAGAGAAGCCCGAACCAGAACCCAAGCCCAAGCCAAUGCCAAAACCAAAGCCCGAGCCCUGCUCCAAACCAAAGCCAGGUCCUAAGCCCGAGCCGAUGCCGAAACCCGAACCAAAGCCGGAGCCCAAGCCUAAACCUGAACCGAAACCGAAGCCGCCUCCGAAGUGCAAACCACCGGCAACACAUAAUUGAUGGGAUACUUAUAUACGACACUUGACGGAGGAGACCCAAUACGGAGCCACAGUGUGCUAUUAUUAGAAUAAGUGGUGUAGUAUUCCCUGUAUUCAAUUUCUUUCUAUUGUUCCAUACACGUGUGAUGAGAAUUAGUACUCUGUGAUUACUAUUUUCUUGUUGCUAUAUGUUCAUCUACUUUGUAUGUGGCCCGUUGUUCUUUUGAGUAUUAAUGCAUGAUUGUAUUCAUUUGCAUGAA